GAUUCUAUCUGAAGUUUUGUUGAUGAUCUGGUGAAGUCCUUUGGCACAAUAUUGGAGCCGUCGGUGAAGAGGUUACUACCAACGCGAGAAAGCGAGUGGAGUUGAAUCUGGAUGCCUGUGGCGACUGGAGCAUGCUUUGAAGGCUUGUCUGCCUCAUCACCCUGGUUUGACAUUGAUCUCGAUAGAUAACUCAGAAGGUUGCAAAUUGUGGCUGACAGACGUCCAGUCGACUAGCAACGGAGGCGUAUGUGUCUUACCAGAACUCUGUGCUAUACCCUAGGAAGGUUUUAGAUGGCAACAGACGACUAAGGGUAGUGGAAUCUGGUGAAAUUCUCUGAUUUAUAUUUGAAUUUAUAUCUGCAACUUCUGUAAAUUUUUCAAAUAGCUCCGUGAAGAAUCACUUGCUCGAUUCAAACGUGUAGAAGCGUUAGUCAGUGUACGGUGCGUACACGACGCACUGGCAGAGAGUAUCGGGUCAGUCGGCUUUAGGGUUUCGGUUGAACUCGACUGUUGGUUGUUAUUAUCAGCGCGACGGCCAGGCUCGUCGCGACGAGCAUUCUCUAUAAAGUAGCAAACCACGUUACAUUUGUGUGAUUCUCUCUAAGGUCUUGUUGGUGUUCUGGUGAAGUCCUCUGGCAUAGUACUGGUGCCGUCAGUGAAGAGGUUACUACCGACGCGAGAAAGCGAGUGGAGUUGAAUCUGGGUGCCUGGAGCAUGCUUUGAAGGCUUGUCUGCCCAAUCACCCUGGUUUGACAUUGAUCUUGGCAGAUGACGCAGAAGGUUGCAAAUUGUGGCUGACAGACGUCCAGUCGACUAGCAACGGAGGUGUAUAUGUCGUAUCAGAAUUCUGUGCUAAACCCUAGGAAGGUUUUCGAUGGCAACAGACGACUAAGGGUUGUGGAAUCUGGUGAAAUUCUCUGAUUUUACUUGAGUUUAUUUCUGCAACUUCUGUAAAUUUUUCAAAUAGUUCCGUGAAGCACUUGCUCGAUUCAAACGUGUAGAAGCGUUAGUCGGAGGUAGGAAGGGAAGGAGACAUGGAGCACAUCUAGGACAUGGUAAGGUAUUGACAAGCUUGAUUUCCGAACCGUGGCUUCUUGUUCCCGAUCCUCCUCCUCCAGCCGUUGCUGCAGAGCAUAUGCUACAUCCUUCUCGGACUGUGGUUGGGAGUCGUCCCCACUCUGCAUCUCACCCGGCGACUGCUGUUGCUUUGGUUUGACUUCUUUUCCUCUCAUCUCAAGCUGGACUUGAGUUGGGAAUUGACCGAAACGUUCCUUGCGGGGAGAGAGUGGAGUGCAGCUUUCAACCUCUAGUGGUUCACGACGCUCCGGAUCGUGGCGCUCUCGACCGCAAGAGGAAUAAUUCUUUGGAUACUUAGAAUAUUGAUAUUGUGUAAAAGUUUUAUCAUCAGGAUUCAAUAUAUUAUAGAAUUGUUUUUGUUAUUUAAUUUAAUUAUCUAAUUUUUAUUUAAAUAAAGUAAUAUAAUAAAUUAAUAUUAUAUUUUUUAAUUUUCUAUUGAUAAAUAAUACUGAAUAGUAAUAUAUAAUUAUACUUUUCAUUCAUUUUUAAAUUCAUUCAAAUAAUAUUUAAAGGGAUAUGUAAAUAUAAAUAAAAUCAUUAUACAAUUAUUAUAAUAUUAAUAAUUUUAUUUAAAACUAAUAAAAUAUGUUCAUUCAUACAAAUUCAUUUAUACAUAGAAAAUUGGAGCAUGUGCUAUUUUCCGAUACCUCUGAAGAUACGCCUGUGGAUCGUUUCUGUACAUACGUUCAAAUGGACGUAUAUCGUCACGUGACCUAAUAAUCUCGGAAAUAUAUUCUCGCGGAAAUCCCCGAUGAGGGGACGUGGUUGCGGAAUGUGGCGAAAUAUUCUCGAAUAUUUCUCUAAACCGCAACGACUCACUCAAGGGAAAUCCAGAAGGGAAAAAAGAAUCUGCUUCCAUGCAAAAUUGUCUGCAAGCGGCUGUACUUGGAAAGUGUAUAAAACCAUGAUGAUUUCUACCAUCAUCAUCGAAAAUGAAAUAAUUAUAUAGACCACUAACAACACUGAUGUCUACGGCCAUUUCAGAGAGUGCCAAAUGUUCCAAGAGAGGUAAAGUGACAAUAUUGCGCGCUCGCAAAGGACUAGAGGAUGAAUAGAAUAGCCCCGCACACCCUUUCAGAAGACGCCUCGUCGGCCAAACGUUGCUGACUCUGCACAGGCCCCGCAAGAAGACCAACGCAAUGAGGAGCCACACCGCGCCCCCGACGGUCAUCGUGGUCGUCAUGUUAGCCUCCAGGUCGCCGACCGUGGUCAUGGACGCGAACCCCGCUGCGCCGAACGCUCCCAGCACGAACGCAGCCGACACCAACAACAGGACGGCCGUCACGGCCAACCAGUCGCGAACUCGCGCCACGGCGUCUUCUAUGAACAAGUCCGCCACAGGCAAGACCGCUCCCGCUCCGGCCAUGACGGCGGCGAUGGCGAACGAGAAGGACAAGCUGUUGAAGCCCCAGAAGAUGCGCGCGAUCCUUCUCGUGUGAUCGUCGUGGUCGCCCAGCGGAGGCUGCAGCCAUCCUCCGUACGUCACGCUGGCGAUGAGGGCAGCGCCGACCAGAAUGGCGUUUGCGGCGUCCACGUACACCUGUCGAUCGCGAUACAUGCGAUCGAUUCUCUUCUCCACCCUUGGAUCCGACGUGAGAACGCCCUCCACUUCCAGCAUUGUUUCCCGUCUCUGCACGUCGCCUGCGGUCGACCGCGCCGCUGCAUGCACGUGGUGAACUGCGGUCUUACCGUCGACAUCCUUCUCGUCGAGUUUGAUAUUUCUUUUCAGGAGAAGGGUGACGACGCCCGACGCACCGACGUGUACGGCCCAAUGGAGCGGCGUGUAACCACAACAGUCCUUGGCGUUCAGGUCUACGUUGGAGUUGCUGAGGAGGAUUGCAACUACAUCCUCCCCCUGCCUGUACCGCCGAGCGCAUGCUAAGUGCAAUGGCGUGCGGAAAGAGAAAUCACCCACAUUGACUGACGCGGAAUAAGAGCUGCUCUCAACAAGCAUUUUCACGAGCUCUUUGUCCUCCAUGAGGACAGCAUAGUGCAACGGAGUCAGGCCAUAAACAUCUUUGUGCCAAUUAACCCCAAGUGAUACACAGUACUCUAGUUUAUCCUGCUCUUGCAGUAGAUAUUUUACUAUAUCUUCUUUUUUAUUCAACACAGCAACAUGGAGCGGCGUGCGCCGAAAUACUGGUGACUUGACAUUACUCACCAGAGCUUUCAUCCUGUUCAGAAGAGCACGGCACAGCUUCUCAAAACUGAAAGAAUUAUUGAAUUUAUCUUCUAAUGGGACUACCAAAUCCUCUCUAUUUAUUUUGUCCAUAGUAUCUUGUGAAAAUUUUCGAAGAAAUUCAGCAUUUUUUAGCUUUAAAAUUUUACCUAUAGAUCCGUAAUCUUUAGAAAAAUUUUUAUACCGAAAUAUAGAUCGGUAUAAUGAGUAAAUUAUUUUGACAAUACAGAUAUAUAGAUCAGGAUCCUCACCUAUUGGGUCGAACCAUCUAAAUUGAG